UAUAUGUUUAAGCAUUAGCAAACAAUCUGCUAAACUGAAAAAACAAUGAAUUUUAAAAAAUGCCCACAAGUGCAAGGCCCCUUUGCUAUUUCCAUCAAUAAUGGCAGACAUUUUGAUGAAGAAGGGAAAAACCAGAUUUUAGGAUAGAGUUACUUCAACAAAGAGAUGGCAAAAAAGCCUAAAGAUAAGUUCAUGAAGAUUAGAGGUACAAAAUGUCCGGUUCAAAUUCCUUUCACUACGAGAAUUGAAAAAAAUAUACACAUAUGAAAAAGAAAUGAAACAAAAUUAGAGCUUAAUACCUGUUAAUAGUAUUCCAAUCUUCCAAGCAGAAGAUUUGCAUUGCCCGGAAGAACAAGAGGUCACAAUCAUAGAGAAAAUGAAAAUGACUUUAGAAACCCUAAAGUAUUGUUGCUUACUUGCGCUCUAAUUAAUUCAAAGAUAUUUUAAUUAAUUAUUAUUCUGAAAUCUAAUAAAAGACUCUCAAGCCACUGUGAUUACAGCUGGAAUAAAUAAUUAAAUUUAAAAAUGGAUAAGGCCUUGAAAGAAUACGACAGUUUAGUAUUAGUUGUUCCAAAGCAUCACGCAAUCAAAUAACAAGAUUUGCAACGGUAACAAACCAGAACCUGGGCUUAGUGAUAUCAUAUGGGCCACGUGAAGAAAGCCAACUCAGCAUCAUUCCCUUCCUACGCUAUAUAUACGCGCAUCCCCCUAGUCAGAAUUCCACACUUCACUUUCUUUGAUCGAUACUUCGUACUCGUUCUCAUCUCAGUAGCCCUAAACUUUUUUUCUUUUCUUUUCUCUUCUCUUUGUUUGAUCAAUUCGUUGCCAUGGCGCCUAAUAAUAUUCCUAUGGGUUUCAAGUUUCGUCCAAGUGAUGAAGAAUUGUUGGGAUAUUAUCUUCCUAACAAGGUUCGUGGCUCAUCGUUCAAGUAUGAAAAUGUUAUUCCGGAAUUUGAUCUUUAUGGUCAAAUAGAGCCGUGGGAUAUAUGGAACCAAUUCGGCGGAAACAAAUUAGAAGAUGGUGAAGACCUUUAUUUCUUCACCAAAUUGAAGAGCUCCAGUGCCAAGAAUACCCGCAUGGCUCGCACCAUAGGAUCUGGGUCAUGGAAAGCUGAGAACUCGGGAAAAAAGGUCCCCGAUCCAAAGGAUAAGAAGAACGAUUUAGGUAUGUGGAAAAGGUUACAUUAUGAAAACCCUAAAUCGGAUCAAAACGGUUGCUGGAUCAUGCACGAGUACAGUCUUCGCCCUUCAUUGGUGAAGCCCAAACCAAACUCAACUCAUCAGUUUGUGGUCUGCCGGAUUCGAAAGAACCACUCGAGGAAGAGAAAGUUUAAGUCGACAGCUGCAAAUGGCAUUCCAUCUCUACAAUCUCAAAAUAAGAAGCAAAGGCAACAAGAGACUAGCUUUGACGAAUAUUUAAUUGGAAGCUCCACUCCCAUGUCUCAGGCUAUUGGAGGAGGGCCAACUCAAAGUCAAUCUCAGCAAGACUGCCCUUUUGCAUACCCAAUAACCAUGGUUGAUGAUGCCAUCCAAUUUCAUGGUGAUUUUCUAAUGGGAGGUUUCUCACCUUCGGUGGACAGCGCACAAUCAUUCACGGAACAAGCAGAGUUCGGAUCGUAUAACCAAGAGAGGAUGGAAUGUAUUGAAUUUGAUGAGCCUCAUGCUACUCAACUAGGCCUCACCGACAACAAUAUUGGAGCUGCGGCAACAGAAGAAUCAGGCUGUCAAUUUGGUAGUGAAAACAGCCAGCCUGACAAUGUCGACUUCUCGAUUGAUUAUGGUUGGCUCCACCACUUGAUCCAGGUUGAUGAUGAUGAUGUUACUACAGCCACACCAUCGGGAUCACAAAGCAUCCACCAGUCUGCAGUUGAUGAUGAAGAGAGGCCUGCAUCUGGUCUUUCCUCCCAAUCACUCACCACUGAGUCUGCACUUGAAUUUGGGAUGUCAUCAUCAGAAAAUCAUACUGGUGCUCAACUUGGAGUUGGUACUGAAAGUGCUCAAGUCAAUGCGUCAGAGUUCCAGGUUCACAAUGAAGAUAUGCUCGAUUUCCUGAACACUGCUAGUUUUGAUCAACUUGUGGACAUGUUCCAGUUUCAUGAUGAUGAUGAAGUGCAAGCUUUCACCACACAGUCAUCAGUUAUGGGAAUAAUUGGGUAG